CUACCAUGUAAUAAUUAACCAAAAAUAAAUUCAAGGUUAGAAAAUAAAGAAAGGAAGGAUAGUUGGUUGGUCUGGUUGCGGGAAGGUUUCCUAAUACUUCUUCAUUUCUACUUUGAACACAAUUAGAGCAUGUCCUUUAUCUCUCACAUAUCUCCCUAAUUUUCUCUCUCUCUUCACUCUUGAUUUUGAUGCGAUCAAGCGUUGGAUCUAUUAAAUCUUAAUCUUCUUAUGCACAAGAGGUCUGUCAAUAAUUGUUUAUUUGUUUGAUUUUAAUGUUUAGUUAGUGAUUCGCUUCUCUGCGAUUUCGGAUCUUAAUUUUGGUGUUGCAUUGGGUAAUAUUUGGUGAGAAAGCAGAGAUUUCGAGGGGUUUUAGGGUUUGUGAAUUAGGACUUUUUGAUUUUUGAUUUAUUAGUUUUAAUAAAAUGGUUUCAAAUCCUCCAUUUGAGUUGGAGGAUCAGACGGAUGAGGAUUUUUUUGAUAAGCUUGUCAAUGAUGAUGAUGAAGACGAUCUUAGCUCCAAACGUAGUGGGUCGAUUAAUGUCCCUGAUGUUUUGGAUGAUGGAAAUGAGUCUGAUGAACUUAAAUCAUUUGCUAAUUUAAGCGUAAGCGAGAUUAGUGUUAGUAAUAGUGUUUCCGAUAUCAAGGUUGUUUUUCCUGUUGGAGAAAGUGAAGAACAAGUUGUUGAUAGGGAGGCUAAUUCUAUAUUAGAAUCCUCAGAUUUGCCUGUUUUGGAAAAUGGGCCAGUGUUGGAGGAUGCUGAGGUUACUGCUUUUGAGGUGGUAUCGGAUUUGGGGAGGGACAAUAGUUCUCUUUCUAGUAAUGUUAAGGAGGUCCAGUGUUCACCUACUAGUGUUAAGGAGGUCCAGUGGAGUGCCUUCACUGAUCCAGCUAGUGGUGGGGAUGAUGAUUUCUUUGCUAGUUUAGGAGAAGGGGGAGUGGGCAAUCUUGAGCCUGAUGCUAAAAUGGUGUUGGGAAAUGAAGCUAGCCAGAAUGCAACUAUUAUAGAGAACUCAUGUACUCACAGUCAUGUUGAGUAUCAAGGUAGCACAGAGGCUUUUACUGAACAAACUGCUAAUGGUGGUGAUACUACUAGUAUUGAGUAUUGGGAGAGUCUUUACCCUGGUUGGAAAUACGAUGUAAACACUGGGCAGUGGUAUCAGGCACAGAGCGGUGAAUCUGCAAAUGGGCAGGGGAGCAUGGGUAUCACUGCUGAUGUACAAGAAACCUUUGGUAUCACUGAUGUCCAACCAUCUCAAUUUUCAUAUGCUAAGCAAACGGCUUACUCUUCUGUUGAAACUGUAAGUCAAUUUAGUGCUACCGAAAAUGUGUCUGGUUGGAAUUAUAUUAUGCAACCUAAUGGUAAUUAUCAGUAUCCGGCACACAUGGUUUUUGAUCCCCAGUACCCUGGAUGGUACUAUGAUACAAUUGCCCAAGAGUGGCGUUCAUUGGAAUCAUAUCAUGCAUUAGAGAAAUCAACAAAUCAAAUUUCUAAUCAGCAGGCUCAAAAUGGAUUUCAAUUCUCUGGUUAUUCUCAUGCUAAUAGUCAGGGCAUUAUUGAUGAUACGGUACAAAAUCAUAGGAUUGAAGGCGUGGGGAAAAGUUUGGCUAUGCCCUCUCAAGAUUACGGUCAACAGGGUGCAAAUGCUGAGUUUGGUAUGGCAAGUAGGUCUAAUACCCAGGCUUCUGUGGCUCAGUCUUGGCAGAGCUCAGGUGAAUACAACUUGUAUGCUAACAGUCAAGGGAGACAACUUUCCUCUGAUUCCACAGGACCCUUAACAACUCAUGAGCAAUCCAUUUGGAGUGACAAUAAUUCAAACUGGGUUGGAGGAUUGAACAAUUUUUCUGCUGAGAAUAACUUUCAGCUUUUCAAUCCUACUCAACAAGUACAUCAAAAUGGGUCAACUCAAUACCCAACUGAUUAUUACCAUACUCAAUAUCCAGCUGCAGUUGGCCAAACAUCAUUUUCUAAUGGCCAUCAUGCCCCCUAUUCACCAAGUGAGGGAAGGUCAUCUGCAGGGCGUCCUCCUCAUUCUUUAGUUACAUUCGGGUUUGGGGGGAAGCUUGUAGUUAUGAAAGAUAUUCUUGGAGGGUUCUCUACAGUUGGGAGCAAGAAUAGUGUUGGAUGCUCCUUAUCCGUACACAAUUUGAUGGAAGUUGUGAGUCUGAACAAAGACCCUCCUAGCACCAAUACACGUGUCUGUAACUAUUUCCAUUCAUUGUGUCAUCAAUCCUUUCCUGGUCCUCUAGUUGGUGGAAAUGUGGGAAGCAAAGAAUUGUAUAAAUGGAUUGAUGAGAGAAUAGCAAACUCUCAAACUUUGGAAAUAAAUCACGGUAAGGGUCAAGGUUUGAAGUUGCUGCUUUCCUUGCUAAAAAUAGCAUGCCAGCACUAUGGAAAACUUCGAUCAUUUGGAGGGGACACAGGGUUGAAGGAAAAUGACCUUCCUGAAUCAGCAGUUGCAGAACUUUUUGCUUCUGCCAAGAGGAACGGCAGUCAGUUUACUGAAUGUAAUGACAAAUGCUUGAUGGCUUUGCCUUCUGAAGCACAUAUUCAGACAACUGCUACCGAGGUACAAAGACUUCUUAUAUCUGGUAAAAAGUUGGAGGCUUUGCAACGUGCUCAAGAAGGUCAGUUCUGGGGAUUUGCUCUAGUUCUUGCUCGACAACUUGGUGAGCAGUUCUAUGCUGACACUGUUAAGCAAAUGGCAGCCAGCCAGCUAGUGUUUGGUUCGCCUUUGAGAACCUUGUGCCUGCUAAUUGCCAGAAAACCAGAAGAAGUUUUCUCCAAUAGCAGCGUGCCUCCUAGCAAUUUGUAUAGCGCAACACAUAUGUCACCACAGCCUGUGCAGAAUGCAGGUUCUACUAUGCUGGACAACUGGGAGGAGAAUUUGGCUCUAAUAACUGCAAAUAGAACUGAGAAUGAUCAGCUCGUGAUUAUGCAUCUUGGAGAUUGUCUGCUGAAGGAAAAACAUGAUGUUGCUGCUGCACAUAUCUGCUACUUGAUUGCGGAGGCUGGUUUUGAGUUAUAUUCAGAUAGUGCAAGAAUAUGUCUCAUUGGCGCAGAUCACUGGAACUUUCCCAGGACUUACGCUAGUCCUGAGGCUAUUCAGCGAACGGAGCUUUUUGAAUAUGCAAAAGUACUUGGGAACUCUCAAUUUGUUCUGCUUCAACUUCAGUCAUACAAACUUAUGUAUGCUCACAUGCUGGCCGAGGUUGGAAGGGUUACAGAUUCGUUGAAAUACUGUCAAGCUGUUCACAAAUCCCUCAAAAUUGGCCGAUCACCAGAAGGAGAUACAUUGAAACAUUUGGUAUCAAAUCUUGAAGAGAGGAUUAGAACACACCAACAGAGUGGAUAUGCAGCAAAUUUAGCUCCAGCAAAGAUAGUGGGCAAACUGCUCAACUUUUUUGAUAGUACAGCUCAUCGUGUUGUUGGAGGACUCCCGCCUUCUGGUCCUUCCUCUGCAACAACGCAAAAUAGUUUCCAGGGCAAUGAGAAUCAGUUUCAGUCACUGGGUCCUAAGGUAACAGGCAAUCAAUCCUUCAUGGGUGCCCCAUCGUUGUCACCAUCGGCAUCAAUGGAUAUGAUGAGCAGUCAACCAACAAUAAGUAUGCCGUCACUGGCACCAUCUGCGUCCAUGGAACCAAUAAGCAAAUGGGCAGUAGAUGGAAGUAAAAUGACUUUGCAAAAUAGAAGCAUUUCAGAGCCAGAUAUUGGUAGAACACCAAGAUCGGAUCAGGUUGAUUCGUCAAAUGAAGCAACUUCUUCUGGCACUGUGGGAAAACAAUCUGGUUCAGCAGGAACAUCACGCUUUGGUCGUUUGAACUUUGGUGCUCAGUUGUUGCAAAAAACUGUUGGAUUGGUCUUAAAACCUCGUCAAGGCCGCCAGGCUAAGCUAGGGGACACAAAUAAAUUUUACUAUGACGAAAAACUAAAGAGAUGGGUGGAGGAAGGUGCUGAACCACCUCCUGAAGAAUCUGCCUUGCCACCACCACCUACAACUGCAGUUUUCCAAAAUGGAAAAUCAGAUUAUAACUUAAAGACUGCACUAAAUAAUGGAUUGCAAGCCACUGAUGGUAGUGCUGGAUCUGUGAGUUCAACUCCUGAGAGCAGUCCUGCUUUCCCACCUACUUUGUCUAGUUCAAAUCAAUUUUCAGCGCGUGGCCGGAUGGGUGUACGAUCAAGGUAUGUGGAUACCUUUAACAAGGGUGGCGGUGUAUCCACAAAUUUGUUCCAGGCACCAUCAGCAGCAUUAGCUAAACCUGCUAAUUUGACCGGGGCCAAGUUCUUCAUUCCUUCUGCAGCACCAAAAAAUGUGGAGACUUCAGCCACAGAAGCUGGAAGCAGCAAUGAAGAGUCUGACAGUGGGGAAAAAUCUUCCAUGUCCAUGGAUGAUCCUUUGCAGAAACUAGCACCCUCACCCAUGGGAACAAUACAGAGGUUCCCAAGUGUUGGUACAAUUCCUAGUAAUGGGACAAUGGAAAGUGGGAAAAGUUCUCUUGCGCCCCAAUUUCGACGUGCCUCUUGGAGUGCAAUUCAUAAUGAAUCCUAUACUUCGCCUCCAACAACAGAUAUUAGAGCUCCCCCAAUGUCAUUUAUGUCCUCUCAGAAUCAAAUGCCAGGUAGUCUGCAUAUGCAUAGAGACAAUUCUGGUGAUGAAUCCUACGCUUCACCUCCAACAGAGAUUAGAACUCCCCCGAUGUCAUUUAUGUCUGCGCAGAAUCUCAUACCAGGUAGUCUGCACAUGCAUAGAGACAAUUCUGGGGAUGAUCUCCAGGAGGUUGAACUUUGAACUGAAGGGUGCUGUAAAUAUCAAGUUUUGCACCGUAUGAUCGAUAUGAAUACAUACAACAAGAUUUUCAAAGGCGUGAGAUAGUACGAGAGAAGCGAAGUCGUAUCGUCAAAUCCUUCACUCCCUGUACUCCUGCAAAUAUGUCGGAAAAUGGGUGAAUCUUUUUAUUGUAAUGUAAGAAUAUGUUUUUAGCUGUUAGAUGGUUAUGCUGCAUGGUAAAAUAUGGGUCGGGGCACAUUGUACAGUUCCAUUUCGUUCAUUAAUUUAAAUGUAGUAUACUUGACAGCGAAAUUGGAAGAGGGGAAUGCACAAUAAUUUCGAAGGCCUGAUGGAAAUUAAUAAUGGAAUCCACAUUUAUUUUGUUAUCUAAUGGUAACAAAUAAACAUAUUCUAUAUCCGCCAAAGGAUGGAUGAACCCCAUGGCUUUCGGAAUUUUGUGCAUUUGUUUUCAUCACUUAAUUUUCAACUCUGGACUUUAAUUUUUUAAGUCAAUUUAUUGUAUUAUCAUUUUCUGAAUUUUUAAAAGCAAUUUACUCGUAUUACUUUUAAAA